AUUGUGCUUUGUGGUGUCGUCGGUGCUAUGAGAGUGUUUUUGGUGGUUUUGAGUGUGCUGUCUGUGGCGGUGGCCACCAAGUGCCCGUAUUCGUCAAUGGAACCCUCCUUGUCCAGGUCCAAACGGAGUUCUUUUGACAUUCGCCCAGGAGUCAGUGACGGAAGUUUGGAUGCCUUGAUUACAGAACUUAUGCCCAAAUACAAUGGCAACAAUGUUCACAAUAGUUGGGCCGAGCCUUCUGCCUCCCAACAACCUUUAAGAUGUGGAGUUCCGCCUCGCAACUGCUUGAAUGAUACUCGAAAUCUGCACUACCGAACCUUGGAUGGAUCCUGCAACAAUCUGUUGUAUCCCGAGUUUGGAAUUGCCGUUUCGCGUUAUCGUAGGCUUUUGCCUCCUCGCCAAGUGGAACAGGCUCCGAAUGCCCGUUUGAUCUCCUUGUCGCUGUACGGCGAGCAGACUAGGAACGACAGGUUCCGCACCAUGGCGGCCAUGCAAUUUGGCCAGUUUGUUGCCCACGACAUCAGCCAAUUGAGCACACAGGGCGCUCCUCAAGAUUGCUGUGCCGAGCCGCGUCAUCCUCGCUGUCUCCCAAUCAACCUGCCCCGUGGUGGUCCCAUCGCCUACCAUACGGGCAAGACCUGUCUGCACUUUGCCCGCAGUGUGUCGGAUGCGGAUGCCAUAUGCCCAAAGGUUGAGGAACCCCAACCCGAGAAGCUAACGGUGGCAACUGCUUACCUGGAUCUCUCCUCCAUCUACGGCAACAAUCCCUCCCAAAACAGAAAGGUCCGCCUGUUCAAGGGCGGACUUCUGAAGACCAGCUACACGAACGGACAACACUGGCUACCGGUGAGCCAGAAUGAGAAUGGCGAGUGCGGUGCCAAGAGUGAGUGCUACAUCGUACCGGACACUCGGAAUCGUUUCACGCCCACCAUCGCCCUGCUGCAGACUCUGUUGGUCCGAGAGCACAAUCGUCUGGCCGAAAAUCUAGCGCUGAUUAAUCCCGAUCAUAGUGACGAGCGCAUCUUCCAGGAGGCACGCAAGAUCAACAUUGCGCAGUUCCAGAAGAUCACAUACUAUGACUGGCUUCCACUGUUCGUUGGUCGCACCUAUACCUACUUGAACGGUCUGAUUUAUCCAGUGGAGCCCACCGAGUACGUCAACGACUACGACGAGACGGUUAAUCCUGCUGCCUACGCGGAGUUUUCUGCUGCCGCCUUUAGAUACGCCCACACUCAAAUUCCCGGAUGGUUCUCAUUGGUUGCCCCCAAUCGGAGAUCUAAUCAGACCAUGCGCCUGAGUGACUACCUCGACCGAACAGAGACUAUUCGUUUACUGGACACAUCCGACAACUUCGAUGCCCUGCUGAGAGGCUUGGCUACCCAGUUGCACAAGCGAUCGGAUGGGAACAUUGAUCGGGAGAUCAAGCACUACUUCAACCGCAAGGAGUUCGAGGAGUACGGUUCGGAUCUUAAGGCUAUAGAUAUUCAGAGGGCACGAGACUUCGGAUUGGCUUCCUACAAUGAUGUGCGAGAGUUUUGUGGUCUGCGACGAGCUGUCGAUUGGGCUGAUUUCGCUCAUGAAAUUCCCGGAGAGAAAAUAUCGCUGUUGCGCCGACUGUACGCCACUCCGGAUGACGUGGAACUUGGUGUAGGCGGUACCCUGGAGUACCAUGUACCAGAUGCUCUAUUUGGACCAACUUUGUUGUGUGUGAUUGGGAAACAGUUCCUCAACACGCGACGUGGCGAUAGAUUCUUCUUUGAGCGGGAGAACGAGGGAGGUUUUUCGCGCGCUCAAUUGGCCGAGAUCCGGAAAGUGAGCCUGGCCAGCUUGUUCUGCAGCAAUGCCAACUACCUGCAUUUAAUCCAGCCAAACGUAUUUGUAUUCCCGAAUUCACAUAAUCUACUACUGAACUGCAAUUUUAUUCCGCAAAUCGAUCUAAGCAAAUGGCAGGAUCUCAGGCCUCAGCUUGUUCACUAGUGUUUUCAUUAGCAAAUGUAUCUGAAACUAAUUGGACUGCUCAAUUUGUUCUUUAAGAUGCAAACAUUCUUGUUUAGUUACAUUUUUAUCAUAUUUUGCAUUUAUUAAUUUACACAAUGCAACAAAGAAAUUGAAUUUGUUUUUUAGCAUGUGACUGCAGUUAAAAAAGAUGUGACACCAUUAAAAAUAUUUAUUUGAUUUUUACGAAUAAGU